GGUGUAACUGAUUUCACUCUUUUGAGAGACUGCAGUAUCUUCCUUUGAUGAACCGAUUAGUCGCGUUAGAUUGUGCCGUGGGUGAAAAAAACAAGCAAGCAAACAGCAGUCUACACCACCUGCAGAGUCCUCGCACAUAGUAAUAGUUGCCCUUUUAAAGGUUAAGCAGUCCAUCAAGUCCCAAACAGUCAACAAGUUCCAAACGGAUUUGGUUGUCUUAGCCAUGCUAAAUUACCUAGGUAGCGAAGCAACGUUAAUCACUUGCUUCUAGAUUAACCUGAACGUUAUGGUCAAACCUAGUUUGUAGAAGUAAAACGUCGAAAAAAAUCGUCUUUUUGUGAAAUUGUUAACAAAAGAAAUGUACACUUCUGAUACUGAUUGCAUUGACACUGAUGUAAAGUAUGGAUUUUACGCCUCAACGAACCUCUACCAAGCUGUAGCAAAUUAACGUAAAAGUUAGCCAGAUGUGAGGAUUAUUGGUUAAGACCAACGGCCCUGGUUAAACCAAUACGAUAGACUGUAGGCCUCGGCCUAUAUAAAUAUACCUUUAUACAGUCAAUGGUUACGCCCCUAUAAGUUAGUGGAAAUCAUGUAACAUACCACAAUAAGUGCAUAUAAUUAUCCGAGAAGUCUGCACAUUAUGUGAACGUUGUAGUUAUUUUAUUUAGGAGCUGUUUAAAAAGUGAAAAACUGCUAUGACCCAAAGUGACCAGUGGGUGGCACCAAUGCUCCACCUUCAAACCGUAUUUUCCUCUACACUUAACUCAGCAUUCAGUCAAGUCUUAGUCUUAUCUAUAGAAGCAGCUGUUGUAAACUAUGUAUGAGAGAGCUAUAACAAAAUAAAUAAAAAAUAAAAACCAAACCCAAUACGUAAAAAGCUGAUUUAAUGGCACAUAACUUAGUGAAUUGCCUUUUUUUUCUGUAUGCUUGUUAUGACAUUUAUGGUCUUAUUGUUUUAUCAGCUUCUUAACCGUAAUAAGUUAUUAUCAACAUUACGAUAGUUACUGUAUAGUAGACACACGUUCUCAAACAAAAUAGUAUUUUGAAAGUAUGUUGAGUGCACAUGUCAAUUAGGUAGGCUAAUUGAGCUGGAGUGAGUGAGAGAGUCAGGGAGAGAGGAGGGCGCCGAGUCUGACUGUGGGCUCCAGACAGACUUACUGGCUGCAGAUGAAGUUUUCAGUCACACUGCACCGUGGGACCUUUAUGAUUUCAUAUUAACCGCCCAGACUCUCUAUCUCCUGACUGAGAUGUUGCGAUGUUCCGUGCAGCCUUACAAAACGUGGACUUGUUUUGGCUGAUUUUGUUUUAUUUUGUUUUUCUACCGGAGACUGGCUGUAGAUCAGCCGAUGUGGACAGCUGUCAUGAGGUGAAGACAGCCUACAUGAUGCGCCAAAUAGGCCCGGUGGAGCUGGUGCCAGACAGGCCGGGAACAGAUGAGUCUCUCCGAGUGUGUGAGCACCCUGGGCCCAGCUGCUGUACCAGCAAGAUGGAGGACAGCUACAUGGCGGCUGUUCGCAGUGAGACUCAGCAAAAGAUGCGAUCCUACAGCUUUGAACUCAAGUACCUGAUUGCUGGACACACCAAAGCCUACCAGGAGACCUUUGGGUCACUCGUGUCAUUCACAUCUAACCUGACCAGCACUCUGUUCGACAGUGCCUACUCUGCUCUGGCGUCCGACUGUCGGCCCCAUGUGUUUCAGCUGUUCAGCAACAUCAAACGCCACCUUUCUGGAGACUCUAAUUCCUCAUUGGAGAACAGUGUGCGUAGGUUCUACAAUGACCUUUUCCCGCUGGUCUACCGCCGCCUGCUCAACCCUGGUAUCGGCCACAUGUCACCCCAGUCCUUUCAUCCCCCCUCCACCAAUCACGACGAUUGCCUCCGGAUGACGCGGCAGGAUGUCAGCCCAUUCGGACCCCAUCCUCGCCUCCUGGUCCACAGCUUGUCCCGUGCGCUCGGGGCGGGCCGAGCACUGAGCCGACUGCUGAAGCUGGCGGGAGAGGUUGUGAAUGCAACCGAGAAGGCAACGUUAUCCAGAGAGUGUGGGCGAGGCUUAGUGAGGAUGCAGUACUGUUCCCACUGCAGAGGCCUGACACUGAUACGGCCCUGUACCGGACUGUGUAUCAACAUUAUGAGAGGAUGUCUGGUGGGAGUAUCAGAGCUUGGCACCCCCUGGGGGAGUUUGGUGUUGUUGCUGCAACGGUUAGCUGCUACUUUAGCAACCAGCAGCAACCACAACAGCCUGGAGCUGGCUCUGUUAGCAGUCCGAAAUCAUGUGAAUGAUGCUAUACUGCACGCUCAGCUGCACGGGCCACGCAUUACAGCCACAGUAGAGAAGGUGUGUGGAUCCCAGGGAACUGGUCCCGUGAUGCCAAGUGCAAGUCCCACCACCUCGCAUAGUACAAUCUCUGUGAGUCCUGCUACGUCAGUAACCUCGGACAGGUCACCUGUAACAUUGCCUCCCGCAGUGGGUCAUCAGCAUCUGCAGCUGCAAUCCCGGAGGUCAGUCCUUAAAGGUUCCAGAGGAGACAAGAGUCGCAGCCUGAAAAAACUAUCAAGGGAGUUUGAGGGUUCUAUCCAGCGGUACCAGUGGUUUUUCUCUGAGCUGCCAGAGAUGCUUUGUGAAAGUGAGAUGGAGGUCGAGCAGCAUACAUGCUGGAGUGGCCAAGACGUUGUAGAGAGUUAUGCAGGUCGUGUGGUGGGCAGCAGUUUAAAAGCCCAAAGGGAGAACCCAGAGAUGACGGCCCGUAAUACAGAUCCUGUCCUGAAGGGGGCGAAACAGCGGCUGGAGCAGCUAACACAGGAGCUGUUAGUGGAGCUCGGCUGGGCAAGUAAAACCAGAGGAAAGUUGGAGGAAGAGGAGGGAGGGAGCGCGCAGACAGAGAGAGGCAGCGGAGAUGACUGUGAUGAUGAAGAUGGCUGUGAAGCAUCUGGUGAGGAGAACGGUGAUGAGACAAAUGAUAUGUCCAGUGGUCACAGUCCAGCAGCAAAGGACAAGGCUCUUGUUCCUCCUCCUCGUCGCCCCAUUCCUCCUCAUCACCUCUCACCUCCACAGGUGGCUGUUCAUGGCUCAGCGCACACGUUGUCCGUUGAAUCGCUACCUUUGACCCUGGUGGCCCUGCUGCUCCUACUGCCAUGGGAACACCGCUGAGCAUCCAGAGAUGGUCCGUGAGACUUACAGAGGCAAAAAGACUGAGAGACCACCAUAUAUGCUUUGUGGUGAAGUUGAGUAUUUGGAGUUUUUGUAAGCACUCUGACUGUUUUUGUUUCGAGUUGCCCGGCAGGUGGGACGAGCUGUUGAUUCAUCACAGUUGUGCAUUUUUAUGUUGCCUGUACUGACCUCUACAUGUGUUUGUUUAUUUGUAUUUAACUCUGAUAGGAUAGGUUGCAAAGCACUACUGACUUUUUUGAAGAGAGAUGUAUAUACAAAUAUAUAUAUUAUAUAUUUAUAUAAAGAAUUUCUAUAGAUAACAAUGGCUUGAUGUGUAAAUAGAGAUUAAUAUAGAACAGAGCAGACUGACUUGAACAUGAAGGGAUGUUUGGUUUGGUUUGACCUUUACAUCAUGUAUCCCCUACAGAGAGUAAGAUCCUUGACAGCUAUAGUUCAGGCUGAAGGCAUUCACUGUAGCAGUAGUGAACUUAAAUUGACGGCACACUUGUUAGGACUUAUUAAUGUUGGAGAACUCUGCACAGAGAGCUAAACAUAGGCUGGUUUUCCCAAUAGGCCAAACAACCAAUUAUGUGAUAGUUUUACAGAUGGUCAUGCAGCGUAAUGAAGAAUUUGUGCCCUGUAAGCCUAGGCAGACUGAAGCCCUUCCAACACUUCCAAUGUUUUCUUUUUUCAUACAAGCUGUGUGAUUUUUUUGUAUUUUCAAAGCCAGCUGAGUUUUAACUGUAACACAAAAUGUUAAUUCGUCCAGAAAUGACUCUUUAACAGCAGAGAUCUCUCCCAAGAAAUAUGUGUGUAUUUUGUCAUUUCUAGGCAUAUAAUACAUUUUACGGCCUUGGUAGUUGUGGGAGAAGAUGUUUCUCUUCUCAAAGUGUACAGUGUGCAUAGGUGUAAUCAUGUAACGGCUUCUAUUUCAACUUCAAUUUCACUUGUAAGCUGCCAUAGCCAUCCUUGGCAGAAAGCUUAAAAAUGAGCAUAUCCUAAACAAUAAAAAGCACCUAAUAAAAGAAAAUACUAAUUAUGGACCACGUUUAAGAGCAAAGCCUGAACAAUGGAUUAUUUGACAUCUCAUUAUCAUAUCAUAUCAUUUAUCAUAUCGUUGAACUGUCACAGUGAUUUCUAAGGCUGGCUGGUCUCCAAAUGUAUUAAUUAAUACUCCUGCAGUGAAAUAAUACAUAAGACUCUAAGAAUUCAGCAAAAUACUAUAUAAGUAGAACUUGUCUAACUCUGAUACAUGUGUUAUCAGCUUGUCUCCGUAUCUAGUAAAGACAAGAGAUGGAGUAUCAAGAGAGUGAUCAGAGGACAGCUGAGGCCAGAUCCAAACAUGUUUCUUUUAAAUGUAAUUCAUAUUAAUUAGGAGUAUCAAGUCCUCCCGGCUCUCUGUUGAGUCUCAACAGAGAGCAGAACAGCAGGACAGACAACUGGAAUACUGAUUAAAUAAAUUCAAAAGCUGAAUGACACUGUGUGCACUUCUGUCAGUGGGUGACUUGACUUUCUUCUAAGAUCUAUCAUCAUUUUGUCUCACAUAGGUGUUGAAAAUUUCCUUCAUCACCUGAGACAGUUUAUUUAUGAAGGAAUGUGAGUGACAGAUGAGACAACUGAAGCAAUACCAUUUAGAGCCUUAGUGUGUGAGUUAUCUGGGCAGUGAGCCCAAAUACCAUGUUGGCUAGCAGGAUGCUUUACAACAUAAUCUUUUAAACAAAUUUAAGAAUUUUACCCAAAUGAGAUAAGUGAUUUUGGAUUCAAGCCAGCCCCUCCAUCUUUCACAGCCCUUGCUAAGCAACCUACAUAAACAAACCACCAAAACACACCAAUGCACAUUUUCCCAAACGUUUCCCAACAUGGGAUAAGACCAUGGUGUAUUUCAAAUUAAAUCAUCUGGAAAGUGAAGAUGAAAUUGCUAAUAUGAUGUUACAAGUCAUUCUGUGGAUGCUGACCUUCAUCUGUGAGGUACAAACUCCCAUCUGUGAAUUGCAAGUUGAAAUGUUGACAAAUCUCUGUAGUGAAUGAAGUGUGAAUCUUGUUAGUGCAUUUUUAUAUGAAAUAGAGCAAUGUUAUAUCAAGCCUAAAAAUGACAUCCUUUUGUUCCUCUCGUGCUGUGUUUUCAUAGUGGUUCUCAGCAUGUGUGUUGAGGCACACUGGUGUGCCAUGGUGUGACCUGUACUGUGUCAUUGUUAUAAAAUUAUUAAAUGUUCUUUAUCAAGGCUUAACAGAUCUUUGUGUUUAGAAAUUCUAAUUUUUGUUGUAGUAAUGAAGCAGUAUGCAUGAACACCAGGAUGCAAAAAGCAGCCACUUAGCGACAGUACUAUGGUUUUUUUUCGUCACACUGAACACCACUGCUAAUUUAAUACACUAAAACAGUGACUCUCAUGUGAAACCUAAUGUAAUACACGGUGUCCUGCUGCUCUGUUGUGUCAUUAAUCUUCAUCUUAACAUCUUCGGUAUAAUAAACUGUUUUCAAAUA